CUCUCCGUCCGUUGUUUCUGCGCGCCUCCAUCAGUUUUAAAAUGUUAUUUAGCCGUGAUGACAAGCUGCGGUGUGCAGAGUGAUGGGGUUUCUGUUCCAUUUGCUUAAUUAUUGGAGCGGUUGUGCGAAGUGGAUACUUUUUUAGUUUGCCUGUAAGAACAAACGGGCCAGUCUGACUUCGCUGUCACGCAGUCUCUAAAUUCCACUGCCAAAGAGGAAAAACGGAGCACCGUCACAGUCAUGCUUGCGCUUUUAUAUAACUUUUUUUCUUUUUUUUCCUAGACCAAUCUACUCAAACGUGUUGUUCUAUAUUACCAGAGCUACUGUACCAUCUUCCCUUUCUACGCGAAUUGGCGCACAUUUUAUAAGCCAUGUUGCGGGCUGUUGUAAACUACUAGGGAGCCACGAGUUUCUGGUUUGAUAACAAACGACCUACUUUAGUCAAUUUUCCUGGCCUGCUAGCUAACAACAUUUGGAUGGCACAGGGAAAAGGGAUAGAUGUAUGCCUUAUCAAUGUAAUUCUCAGCUAAAUCAGAAUAAAACGGCUACAUUUUUCUGGUGUACUUACAGUAGUGAGUGUAUACAUUGUCAUACUGGUCCCCCAUGGGAAUCGAACCCACAACCCUGGCGUUGGAAGCACCAUGCUCUACCAACCAAAUAUCUCCAGCAACUUCUCUCUCAAACUCAACAUCGCUGUUCUCCAACCAGACCAUGUUUGGUAUCCUGGACCGAUGUAAGGAACUGAUGGAGGCUGGUUACAAUGUGAGGCAGCCUGACAAGGAGAAUGUCUCCCUCCUACACUGGGCAGCCAUCAACAACCACGCAGAGGUGGUCAAGUAUUAUAUAUCCAAAGGGGCCGUCAUAGACCAACUAGGUGGUGACCUGAACUCCACACCCCUGCAUUGGGCCAUAAGGCAAGGCCACCUCUCCAUGGUGAUCCAGCUGCUGCGGUACGGAGCCGACCCAUCUGUGGCCGACGGGGAGGGCUACCGCAGCCUGCAUCUGGCAAUCCUCUUCCAACACAUGCCCAUAGCAGCCUACCUCAUGGCCAAGGGACAAGAAGUUGACCUUCCUGACUCAAAUGGGCAGACACCCCUGAUGUUGGCAGCACAGAAAAUCAUUGGGCCCGAGCCCACUAACUUCCUGAUGAAGUGCAAUGCAUCGGUGAGUGCGGUGGACAAAGUGAACAGGAACUCUCCGCUGCACUGUGCCGUGCUGGCGGGAAACGUAGAUGCCGCCCACAUCCUGCUGGAGGCCGGGGCUAGCGUGGAUGCCGAGAACGCCAACGGUGACACUCCCAUAGACCUGGCCCACCAGGUGCACAGCCCCCUGCUCGUCCACAUGCUCAACCACGUCAAGCAGGAGAGGAUACGCUCCAAAUCCCGCUGCCUGCGCCUAGUUAACCGGUACAGGGUGUGUCUUCAGUUUAUGUUCUGCGUUGCUGUGCUGGGCAGUGUGGGAGCGAUAGCCGACUUGAGCUCAGAAUCCUGGCUGCUGAAAGGGGUUCUGCUGGCCUGUGUGAUGGCUGUGGUCAACCUGGCUCAACGGCAGUUGGCGAGCCCGGCCCUGCAGUCGCUGGUUCCUGCUACAACUCUUAUGGCAUCAGUCUUCUGGAUGCUGGUCACCUGGUGCCUGUGCUUCCUGCCUGAUGGUCCCAGUGCCACGGUACAGGUGUUGUUCACUGUCAACGCCACGGCUCUGCUCUACUACUACCUCCGCUCCUGUCGGACUGACCCCGGCAUCGUCAAGGCAACUGAGGAAGAGAAAAAGAUGAAUGUGGUGUUGCUGGCAGAGGCGGGCUGCUUGGACCCCAGUAUCUUCUGCACUUCCUGUAUGAUGAAGAAGCCUAUGAGGGCCAGUCACUGCUUCUCCUGUGACGCCUGCGUGGCGAAACAGGACCAUCACUCCAUCUGGAUCAAUGGCUGCAUCGGUGCCAGGAAUCACCACUUCUUUGUUCUCUUCCUCCUCUAUCUCUGCCUGAUGGGAGCGUGGAUGUUCUACGGAUGUCUCGUGUACUGGUCAAAGCACUGCCCGCUGCACUACCAGGAGGAGGGUGUGUGGGGUGCCAUCUCUGCCCUGGUGGGCUGUUCUUCCUGGGUACUGGGUGUCUUCUGUCUAGCUUUCUUCCAUACCUCCUGGGCUUCCAUACUACUGGUCAUACAGCUCUACCAGAUUGCGUUCUACGGCCUGACAAAUGCAGAGAUGGCAAACCUGGUGCUUCGUCAGAGGAAACUCCCACAAUCCAUCUCUCUCAGACAGAACCCUUACAAUUUGGGUGUGGUGCGGAACCUUGUGUCGUUCUUCCAGCUGCGUUGCUGUGGGCUGUUCAAGCCCGCCAUGGUCGACUGGACCCAGCAGUACCCACCCGGCCGAGACCACAUGUUCGGCCAGCCCGACAUCGUCUGACCCCACGGGGCAGCUAGGACCUGAAUCCACUAUCGUUCUGGACCAAACGGAUGAAGCUUAUUUAAAAAUGUAUAUAUUUUAUAUAUUUUGGACUGCCUGUGAAGAAACACUACUAUAAAGGGAAAUGGCGUGGAGGAAGUUGUACUGACUUUAUGUGUUUUCUUUUGCUACAGACUGCUGCUGCCUUACGCUGGUAUAUAUUAAUGAGGGGAAAAAAUUGAAAUCUGAAAUGUAUCAUUUGUGCCAAGUUGAAUUCGCCUUUAUGGCUUAAAUUGUAUAUUAAGUUAGUCAUUGUUUUCUUUUUAAUAUAAAUAGUUGUAUUUUGAUCAAUGUGAGGGUUUUUUUAUAA